AUGGCCCAAUCUCUCUUCAUCAACCCAACUCCAACUCUUUGCUUCAAAGGUCAAUCAAAAAAUCAUGGAAAUGUGUUGUUUAAUGCUAAUAAACCAAAUCCAUGGAAGUCCUCACUAGCAAAAUCAACCAGUCCUCGAGCUUUAGAAACAGAAAUCCCUACGCAUUGGUACAACAUCAUCGCGGAUCUCCCCAUCAAACCUCCGCCACCAUUGCAUCCAAAGACCUUUGCACCAUUACAACCUCAAGACCUAUCUCAUCUUUUUCCAGAUGAAUUGAUUAAACAAGAAGCAAGCGAUGAGCGAUUCAUCGUCAUCCCAGAUGAAGUUGUUGAUAUUUACCGGCUAUGGCGCCCUACCCCUCUAAUCCGAGCCAAGAGAUUGGAGAAAUUGCUUGAUACCCCUGCAAGAAUUUAUUACAAAUACGAAGGUGUGAGCCCAGCUGGUUCACAUAAACCGAACACCGCCGUGCCUCAGGUUUGGUACAAUGCUCAGCAAGGUGUCAAGAAUGUCGUCACCGAGACUGGUGCCGGCCAAUGGGGGAGUUCUUUAGCAUUUGCUUGCAGCUUAUUUGGUCUUAACUGUGAAGUGUGGCAAGUUCGAGCUUCUUAUGAUCAGAAACCAUAUCGGAAACUGAUGAUGCAAACUUGGGGAGCCAAGGUUCAUCCUUCUCCUUCCAACCUCACCGAAUCCGGACGAAAAAUUCUUGAAAUGGAUCCAUUAAGUCCAGGGAGUUUGGGGAUUGCCAUUUCUGAGGCUGUAGAGAUGGCAGCUCUUAAUGAAGAUACUAAAUAUUGUUUAGGAAGUGUUUUGAAUCAUGUUUUGUUGCAUCAAACUGUUAUUGGGGAAGAAUGCAUUAAGCAGAUGGAGGAUCUUGGGGAGACUCCUGAUGUGAUUAUCGGAUGUACGGGUGGCGGGUCGAAUUUCGCGGGGCUUUGUUUCCCUUUUAUAAGAGAGAAACUUAAAGGGAAAAUGAAUCCUCUUAUACGAGCUGUAGAGCCUACUGCUUGCCCUUCAUUGACCAAAGGUGUUUAUGCCUAUGAUUAUGGAGAUACAGCCGGAAUGACUCCUUUGAUGAAGAUGCAUACACUCGGCCAUGACUUCAUUCCCGAUCCUAUCCAUGCAGGAGGAUUGCGUUAUCAUGGUAUGGCGCCACUGCUUUCGCAUAUCUACGAACUGGGUUUCAUGGAAGCAAUCGCGAUUCCACAGACCGAGUGCUUUCGAGGGGCCAUACAAUUUGCUCGGUCAGAAGGACUGAUUCCAGCACCCGAACCCACACACGCCAUAGCUGCAGCGAUUCGUGAAGCCCUUCACUGCAAAGAGAGCGGUGAAUCAAAAGUGAUACUGAUGGCAAUGUGCGGGCAUGGUCAUUUCGACCUGCCUGCUUACGAGAAAUACCUGCAGGGUGGCAUGGUUGAUUUAUCUUUCUCAGAGGACAAGAUACAAGCUUCUCUUGCCAACAUUCCACAUUUGAGAUCCUAAAAUCGUCGCACUUUUUAUCGUUUCCACUUCAUUAUCGUAUAACUUACUGUUUGUCUUAUAUUCGAGUAACACGACAAUUUACUGCUACUAAAA